AUGAAGCUGAACUUAUUCAAACGGUCGAUGAUUUUCGCAACGUUCUUUGGUUCGUGUCUAUGUAUAGCGUUGAUUGUCGCGUCUUUGGGUACAACGCAUUGGGUGGAUGCCAGAGCCAGGCGAGUGUCGAAUUCUCUAGAAUCUGAGGGUAGAAUAAGCUUUGGACUUUUUGAAGGUCACAAGGAGCUAAACUUUGGCUAUGGUUGGAGGAAUGCUGACUUCAGUAUUAAAGCAGGUUUCCACCCAGCGAGACGUUGGGCGUGGUGUGGUACAGCCGCUCAACUGGCGGUCGCACUAGCGGCCUCUGGUGGGGCUUGCGUGUUAGCGGCGUUGGGUUCCGCUGCUAGGAGUAGAUGUUCACCACGCCCUUUGUUGCUGUGUAAUAGCGCUGUUGUUCUCUUCACACUAGGCGCAAUAGCAGUGUGGUUGACGGAAUUCUUCCUCAGGCUACAGCACAACGUUUUAUCUGAAGAGGAUCUGGCGAACACCUGGUCCUCGGAUAUGACUGCAGAUCUAGGAUUAUCGUUUUGGUUGGUUGUAGCAUCAACAAUAUCAGCGUUCAUCAACAAUGUUUUCAUAUUAAUAGCAGCUGCCGAUGGAAGGACAGAGGACACCAUCGCACCGGCCUUGGAAGAGAAGGUCAAUGGGGCAAUUAUGUUGUAUUAACUGCACCAGUGUUGCACGACAAAUAUCGAUAUCGAAAAAUAUUGAUAUCUAUUUUAAGUUUUAAAUGACUUCACAGUACCUCAGGUCGGUCGUCAACUUGUCUUUACAGAAAAAAAAUCUUGCGUAGAUCUAUAAGGCUAUGAUCCCGUUAGACAAGUUCUAAUUUGUUUCACGUACUUAAAAUAUUGAUAGAUGUCUGAAAUGCGAAAUUAUAUACACAAGAAUAUGACACUAAUAUUACACGUUUUCAGAAGAUUAAUUCUACUCAUAGAGCAAAGAUUGGUGAAAAAAAAGCUUUAUAAAAUUUCAUUAACUUUAAUUUGGGUAAUAGAAUGAGAAAUACUUUGAAAUAAUAUUACUCGAGAUAGUUCAAACUACUUGGUUGUUACUAAAAAUCAAGUAUUGUGGAAAUUUUGAAUUUUCAACUUAUUGACGAUUGAAAUAAGAUUCAAUAUCGAUUA